UAUGCGUGUCAGUCAGUUGCUUAGGCUAAAAGAAGCCAAAAUUACAAAUUUGUAGUUAAUUUUUUUCGACUGAUUGAACAAGAAUAAUAUAAGCUUACUUAAAAUAAAAAUUCUUGAUAGUCUUCAAGUGUAGUCAUUCUUGAAAAGUAAUCUUCGUGGCAUUGAAAAUGCAUCUCUUCAUCGUCCUCUGAAAGUCUAAAUCCUGUAGAGUCUACUUUCACUGUACAAAAAUUAUACUCGAAAAUGGCACAUAAAGUUCCAAUACUUUCUUCACCUUCUAGGCAAUAARCAAYGUUCAAAAGUCUCAAGUGCCGAUGUGUUUUGAAGUCAGAACUUCGAAAUGCACUAUGGUGGACAGUAGAGCAAUCCAGCAUAAUGAGAGUUUGAAGCUUAGGACAGGCACUCGGUAGAGAUAGAAAAAAAGGAUCAUCAACUUUGCAAUGGCUUAUAUUUAAAUAGACAAGACCUUUCAUAUUCAAGUUUGCAAAGUCCAUUCGUUCUGUUAGAGUUUUGGUCAACCAGGCAAAGCUAAGACACCGCAAUAACCUCGUUCUGGUAAUGCAUUCAUGCACGGUGUUCCAGUUAAGCGAGUGGCAUUCGUCAAUAAUGAUAUCUUUUGUUGGUUUACAAACAAUCUCAGAAAAUGCUUUUGCAGUUAGUAGACGUUGGUAUCCCAAAUGGACAUGAAUCCAUAAUUGUGGUUGUUUGGCAAGCACAUUCCAACGACGACAAACCAAACGAAUGCGGACAAUUUUUUCAAAUGUUGAUAGAUGUUCAAAUAUAUAGCACAAUAUUUCAUCUGGUACGYCAUCGAUAGUACCCAUUCAUCAAUGAAAUUUAAAAUAAUACACUCAAACUUACACGUAGGGCUAACGACACACUAAUCAACUGCAGAACGCGGAUUGUGCCUUAAAAAGAGCAUAAGAGGCCGAACAGGCAUGGUAUCGUGCGCAUAACAGGCACGAAUGACUCGAUUUUUAUGAUAAAAAGAAUUAAACAGGCUUGGUAUCGUGCCCAUAACAGGCACAAAUGACUCGAUUUUUAUGAUAAAAAGAAUUAAACAGGCAUGGUAUCGUGCCCAUAACAGGCACGAAUGACUCGAUUUUUAUGAUAAAAAGAAGUAAACAGGCAUGGUAUCGUGCGCAUAACAGGCACGAAAAGCACGAUCAUGAUGUAAUAAGGGCACCAAAAGCAUGUUAUCAUGCGUACAAUAAGCAUAAUUUAAGCACGAAACMACUUUUUACAAAACAUUUCGCGUGAUGGUCAGAUACGGAUAAUGAUAAAAAAGAAAAAAACAAUGAAAAAAAAAAGAAAAAGAAAAAAUAACUAAAAAAAGACAUGGGAAAGACAUCUGGCAAAGAAAGACUUCAAAAUUCAAUCGAGCGGCGGAAAAGGCUGAACAGAGAACGAGCUAGAAGGUUUUAUGAAAAGAGCAAGCAAAACCGCAACAAGAAAUCAUCUGCUCUACAUCGUAAGACGAAAAAUAGAAUUCUCAACAAAGUUAGAACGAUUCUUCCAAGCACUCCGGAAAAGAAAGCUUCAAUCAUCGAGAACCUGCUUGAUAGUCCGGAGACAAGAAACAUUUUAGCAAAAAAAGGCCGUCUGUAUGCUGAAGAGGAAGAGAAGAGAAUAGCAACUGCAACUGCAACUAAAAAAAUCAACAAUGUUAAAGAGGCUGUUACGGCAAUUAAACACAAGAGAAACAACGAUUACAAACUGCAGACAAAAAAAUCCAAAGAACUUGGUAUCACCAGAAGAAGGAUAGCUAUGAGUAGACAACAUCGUAAAAAAACAUUGUCAAAAGACACUCGGGUACCAUGGACAUUUACGAAAAGAAAAACCAGAAAAAAAAAUAUUCCAGAAGACCACCGUAAACUUGCUUAUGACUUUUGGACCGAGAAAGAUAUCUCAAGACCAACUGGAAACAAGAGAGACGUUUCAAGACAGCGAAUUGGUCCACAUCAGUACAAAAAAAAUGAGAAACAAAUCCUCGAGAAAACACAAASUGAAGCUUUUCUUGCAUUUAAACAAAUUUACCCAAACAUCGAGAUGGGCCAAAGAUACUUUGAAAGUUGUAAGCCUUAAAAAAAUGUAGGAGAAAAGAGAAAGCUGCAAUUAGUGUUUAAAGAAACUUCACCUGGAGAAAAAAAAGAGUAUUUUAUCCACCUUCUGGAAAGUUACCCGGCCCAUCAAUUCAGAGCAAUGAAAAAAAAUGCUGAGUUAAAGAACUUGAUCAAUAAUUUACYUUUUGGCCAUGUCUGUUGUGUCCAUGAUUAUUCCGAAAACUAUACUUGCCAGCAUCAGGAUCAAAUACAGUCGUUGUACUAAAAAAAAGUGCAGGUUUCUAUUCAUGUGACUAUUUUACAUCGUCAUGCCAUUCAAGAGAUUAAAAAAAAAGAGAGUACUCCAGAAAGCCCACUUAUUGUCACAGAACAUUUGUUCGUCAUCUAAAAAAACAAAAAACACGAUUCUUACUCGGUUCACAAUUGUCAGGAACAAGUGUCGCGGUAAAAAAAAAAUAUUGGAUGUACUGUUAACAUGAUGCACGAGUGGACCGAUGGCUGUGCUUCAAAAAAAAAAAGCCGUCACUGCUUUGGUGAUUUAUCUAUGAGUUUGGAGGACUUUGACUUUCAAAAAAAACGAAACUAUUUCGAAACUUCUCAUGCAAAAGGACCACAAGAUGGAGCCGGUGCAAAAAAAAAACAUAAAUGUGAUAUGGCAGUGAUACGACUUGCAAUUGCUUCGGGAGAUAAAGGAAGUGACUAUUAUUUGUUGCAGGUCACCGAGUGCAGCCGCACAUUAGACUCGAGAGAGAAAGACGACUGGGGAUCCGUAUAUCCUGCUGRAGCGACGGUCGUGAAAGGUCAUUUCUUUGAAAAUAUACAACAAACAAGAGACAAACUUUUACUUUUUAAGUAUAUUUGUGGAAAAUGUGCAAUUGUUUACACUGCAACCAUUACAUUCAUUUGUAAAAAUGUUAAAGUUUUUGACGAGAAAGCCAAAGUCUACUCUUUACCUAAUGAAGASCAUGAAGACAUUCUUGAAUCUUUAGAUGGAUUCUAG